AUGGCUUCUGCCGCUCUUUGCGCACUGAUCUGCGGGCUUAUUCUGGCGGCCGUGACCGGUCUCCACGGCGUGAUUGCGGAAAAAGAACCCUGCUGCAGCCUGAAAGCUUCUGUGUCUAAUAUCUGUGGAUUAAUCCGCCAGGUGGACGCCCAGCUGCUGGUGGUGCAGAAGCUUGAGGAGAAGGAGGGAGUCCUGCAGACCACCCUGGCUGCUCUGGAGAAGGAGCUGGCUGUCAGAACGCAGGCGCUAGAACUCAACAAGAGGAAGGCGGUGGAGGCAGCUCAGUUGGCGGAGGACCUGAAGGUGCAGCUGGAGCACACGCAGGCCAAGCUGAAGGAGAUCCAGGUGUCUGUGGCCGAGAACCGCACCGCCCGGGAGAGGGAGAGCAGCAACCUGAAACGAGCUCAGGAGGACCUGUCCCGGCUGAGGAGGAAGCUGGAGAAGCAGAAGAAGGUGGAGGUGUACUCCGACGCAGACGAGAUCCUGCAGGAGGAGAUCAACCAGUACAAGGCCAAGCUGCGCUGCCCCUGCUGCAACACGCGGGACAAGGAGACCGUCCUCACCAAGUGUUUCCACGUCUUCUGCUACGAGUGUCUGAAGAUGCGCUACGACACGCGGCAGAGGAAAUGCCCCAAGUGCAACUGCGCCUUCGGAGCCAACGACUUCCACCGCAUCUACAUCACCUGAGCGCCGCGGCAACCGGGAACGCCGUGGCAACCGGGGAACGCCGCUGCAUCCGGAAAGGACAGACAGAACCAAAGGAGAGAGGAACCCGAGAACUGGAGAUGCACUCAGAGAGAGACCGAUCUCUUUGGAGAGACUCGUUUUACCACAUUUCUGCUAUUUGGUGACCAAACGUAGUGACGAAGCUGAGCGAGUGUCGUGAGCUACUUCAAUAAACACAUUUGUCAGCCGUGACGUUUUUACA